GGCGAGUACAAAGGUCCAGUCUUCUGUGCAAGAUACCGAGUUGGAGGAGGGUUGAGGAAGAUGGAGGGAAAGUCGGCGCAGGGGAGAGUCGCGGAAUGUUUGGGUUGCGGGGGAGGAUCGACCGAUCAGGUCAGGUUUGGCCGGUCGGCGUUUGACUUGAGCCGAUGGUGGGGAAUCUCAGUCAAGGAGACUUUGGUAGACCAGGAACUGAAUUAGCCACAGUUUACCCCGUGGGGGAUCGAUGGGUAAAAGUGGAAAUAGUAGACGAAGGUGGAUAGAGGGAGCCGGGGAAGCAAAGAAUACUUUCAUGAAUAGAUGGAAAAAGAGGAAAGGAAAGGAAAAGAGGGGGAGAGAGAGAGAGCAGCUGCCCGCUCUGGCGGUGGGCAGCAGAGAUGAGGAAGCAGCAGCAGCAGCAGCAGCAGCCCAACGACCGCACCAAAACACCAACACCGCUCAAAGUCAUCCUCUUCAUCACGGGAUCGAACGGUUUGCCAGGCAGGCAGGCAGGCAGGCAGGCAAGCACUUACAGCACAGCAUAUCCCAAAAUGUCUCUCUCCCUCAACCCCUCCGGCUAUCGUCAGCUCUCCGUCUCUACCCAUUUCCGUUGCCGACUGUCUCAUCCACCUCCCCCCCCAUAAGUUAUCCCCGGUCAUUCGCAACCCCCCCGAUUGGGGCAACUCUAGCCAGCGCGUGAUUGGAAGAUGCAGUCAUCAUUUUCUACUUUCUUUCUCGUGCGUUGAGAGAUGCACCUGUCAUCUCCACGGCUGAAGAAGUGAUGAC